CCGUAAUAAUAACGUUUUAUUCAUUCACACUUUAUAUUUCAAAAUGGGCUCAACAACUGAAGAUCAACCAAUGGUAACUGAAGAAUCACUAAAUGAAACAACGAACCCUAAUAAUUUUCAGUCAUCUGUCAAUAUGGAUAUCAGUACAGCAUUUAAGAAAAUAGCAACCAAGGAUCCUACUAGGUAUACAGAUCUUUGUGAAGCAGUUAAUAAGACAUUUGAAGAAGUUAGCGAUAGCAUUAGUCCAGAAGAAUUUAAAAGCAUUUUGGGAGAUAUAUCAUUUUUAAGAAGCAAAAAAAAUGCAACAAAUUUACUGUCUACUUUAAAGACACAACUUUACAAUAAUAUGAGUAAUAAUUUUGAAAGAAUUGUAGAGGACGAAAAUUUAUGCGAAUUAUUUGAAGAAAAAAGUUCACUGAAUGAAGAAAUUGCAAAAAAAUACUUCAUUGAUAAUGAUGCAUUAGAACUUGUUGAAUUAGAAGAGUCUUUGUGUAAACUUGAUGUACAAAUUGCUGAACUAGAAGAAACAAAUGAAGUUUUGUUUAAUCAAAAUGAAUUCAACAAACAACGAUUUGAACAUUUAUCACAAAGAAUAAACAAACUAAUAAGUGAGUCUAAGACUAAAUACAGAAGCUGUGAACAACAAUCUAAUACAUUAAAAAAAGGACUAAAUGACAUGAUGACAAAAGAUCAAUAAAUAUAUUGAAAAAUCAAUUCAGCAUUAAUAAAACUAAACGAAACCGUGUAAACAAUGUAAUUUAUGUCGAGUGUCUCUUAUUUUAAUUUGAAAUGUAUGGAUAGAUAUUGAAGUGUCAUCCAUCAAUAUUGUAAGUUAAUAAUAAUUACUUUUUUUUUUUUUGGUGUUUGCUUAUGCCUUCUAAUCACUUUUUCCUCCUAGUUCUUCCACGUCCUUCUUCACUACAUCUUCCCAUCUAAUUUUUGUCUUUUUAUGAGUCUUUUUCCUGUAGGGUUCUUCUCCAAUACUGUACAAAGUAAUGGGUUUUGGUUUCUCCAGGCGUGUCCUGCCCAUUGUAGUCUCUUAUUUCUUAUUAUACUGUUACUUCUAUAAUAUAGAUUUGUUUAUUGUACAGUUUUUAA